AUGGCACAUCAUCGCAAUUCAAUUCUGGCGGCAGUCGACCUCCUUCACGAGGUCUCGAAGUCUACACACACGGAUAUCAUCGCCCAACCUCACCAGCGAUCUCGAAUGCCAGCUGGCUUCGUGUCACACGAUCCGCCAGCAGGACUGCUUACUCUGCCACAGGAGUUGCGAGAUCGGAUACUGGACUUUCUACCACUUGUUUCGCCCACUGGACUUGUGUUCCUGCCUGACGUGGAGGACACUCCGUCCAAUCCCAGCCGCCUGUACUCCAGACACAACCCUGAUGGCUUCGAAGCGGCAUGGCACUAUCGCGGUCUAACGGAAGUCUGUCGCACCUUAUACCACGAUGUCAAGCCUCACUUCUGGUCGAAGAACAAGUUUGUGGUGCAUUUCGAGAAGAACGGCCUCGGUCAAUGGCUCAAGGUCCCGGACAGCUGUCUGUACCACGUCCGCUGCCUCACCAUCAAAGCCGGACCGUGGGAUACGCAUGUGGAGAAAGAACAGAACUCCCCACGGCAAUGCACCAUUGACAUGACAGUCAAGCCCCUCGAGCGCACAGCUCCUAAGCACGAGUGGGACAUUUGGCUGUUGGCCUGGCAGCCACCAGCUGAUCUGGAUCCCGAAGACAUUAUUGACGAUCGAAAGUGGACUAAAGGACAGCGAACAUGGGCGCGCGACGUACAAAUAAAAUGCGCUUCGAUAUCAAAAAGCGUCGGAACUCUGACGCAAGGAGCUGGCGAAGGUCGGUUCAGCUCGACAAUCAACCAGGAAAUUGUCAACGGUUUCGCACUCCUACGACAGUUCUGCUUGCCAUAA